CAUGCUCCGUGGACGCGUUGCCCAGGCGCGGACCCGUGUGCCGUAAAGUGGAGGGGACGUCUUUCCCGCGAAACACCCCCGGCGAUGUUAUGCGAUAGGCUGUAAAGCGACGCCAUCGAGUUCGGUUAGCGGCAUCAGCUGGUGGCGCGGCUCCCCGGACGAUUCGUAUCGACAUGUCGUUGUUCGGGGCGGACGACGAUGAUGUCGAUUUCCUGUCACCGAGUGGCGGGUCCAAACUGGCCUCUCUCUUUGGCACGGAUCAGGCUUCAGCAGGUCAGGGGAAUGAGUCCUUCCAGUAUACUGCCCCCAAGCAGCCGAAGAGAGGAACACCACCUCCUGGACCAGGUUCACAGAAGCCACCAGCUACUGCUGCACCUCCAGCCGUCUUGUUUGCAACUGCAGUGCAUGCUUAUCAAUAUGUGAAUGGUCAGUAUGUGAAGCAGGGGAAACUAGGGGCGGCGAUUCUUGGAAACCAUGCUGCUGCAGAGUACAAGAUUCUCCUGUACGCCAGCCAACAGAAACGGAUUGCUGCUGCCCGCAUUUAUCCAGCAUUCACCUUUACUGUUCAAGCCAAUAACUAUUGCGUGUUUUACGAUGACCAGCGGCAGAAUUGGUCAGUCAUGUUUGAUUCUGAGAAGGCUGUGGUGGAAUUCAGCAAACAGGUAUGUUUGGCAAAAUGCAGCAGCACCUCAACAUUGGAAUCUGUGCUGAUCCAAGAUCUGGCCCCAGGAGAAGGACAGGCAGUUGAAACUGGGGACUCUCUGGAAGUGUCCUACACAGGUUGGCUUUACCAGAACCACACAUUUGGACAGGUUUUUGAUACGAACGUGAAUAGAGACAAGUUGUUGCGGCUGAAAAUAGGAUCUGGGAAAGUGAUAAAGGGCUGGGAAGUUGGGAUGCUGGGAAUGAAGAAGAAUGGAAGGAGACUGUUGAUCGUGCCUCCAAGUUUGGCAUAUGGAUCACAGGGAAUACCAAACCGAGUUCCAACCAAUGCCACGCUAAUCUUUGAAGUGGAGGUUAAAAGGGUAAAAUUUGCAAAGGAAUCUGGGUUUGACAAGCAGAGUACCAGCUCUCAUGAAUCUACUGCAUCUUCACCAGCCCCCAGCAUAGAAAGCCUGACCGCAGAAACUGCGAUCCCAGCACCAGUGUCUGUGCCUCCAAAGCCUGGGUAUGAAAGGGAGCAUGUGGUGCGGGCCAAGUCUAAUUCACUAAGUGACACGUUGGCUAAUCCAGACACCAUGAAAGCCAAAUUGAUUUCUCGAAUGGCGAAGAUGGGUCAGCCAAUGCCAUUUCUCACAGGAGCUCUCUCUGCACAGCCUGACUCCAGUGACUCUGAGCUUGAGGAUCAUUCAUUGAAGGCUACCCCACUUGCUGCUCCAUCUCCUGCCCCAUCAUCGGUUCCGCACACUGCACAUCCUGUUCACAAUCUGCCUCCACAGCAGCCAGCACCAGUGUCUGUUUCCAUGCACGCAUCCUCCUCUGCAGCACUAUUGCCAGUCACACUUUCUGCACAACAAGGACUGGCUGGCAGUGGACAGACUUUCCAGCCGUAUCCCGGGAUAUCCUAUGGUUACCCACCAGGUCCUGCUGCGCAGACCCAGAUUCAGACAGUUGCACCGAUGUUCCCAGCCCAGGCACCUCAGUACCAAGCUGCUGGAGAUGUCACUUCCUUUAUGAUGACAGAGGCACGUCAGCAUAACACGGAGAUUCGACUAGCUAUCAGUAAGGCAUCUGAUAAAAUUGACCAGCUUUCUCUUAAGGUAGAUGACUUACAGAAACAUUUGAAUGGGCCCUCAUUUCCUGGCAUUUCAUCAGUAACAAUGGAAACCAGCAUGAUCAUGCACAACAUCCAGAGAAUUAUCCAGGAGAAUGAGAGGCUGAAGCAGGAAGUGUUUGACAAAAGCAGUCGAAUUGAAGAACAGAAUGGGAAGAUCAGUGACCUGAUCCAGAGAAACCAAAGAUAUGUGGAACAGAGUAAUUUGCUGAUGGAACAGAGGAAUGACUCUCUAAUAUCCUCAACAGAGAAUAACCAGGCUCGCAUCCUGCUUGCAGAGCAGGAGAAGACUUGGUUGGCAUCAUUGAAGCAGUCCCGUCAAGUUGAGGAAGACAGGCUCAUGUCCCUACAGGAACAAGCAGAGGAGCUGCAGGCACUAAAGGAGCGGUAUUCAUCCCUGCAGAGCAGAGCUGCUGCAAUGAAGGAACAUUACGACAGCCAAAUCCGUGAACUCCAACAACGGGUCCCUGCAACUAAUGAAGCAUUGCAGUCAGGUGAUACUGCUGAGGAGGUGAAGAAAAUCAUGAAUGGAGUGUUUCAGUCGUUGCGAGGAGAGUUUGACCUGGAUGAAAUGUACAGUGGCAGAGCAGUCCUUGGCGUCAUUGUGAACACUAUCAAGGCAGUUACCCUGAAACUUUUGAUGAGUGGCCAAGACCAGCUAAUCACGAAGAGUGACAAUGAGGAUGACGAAUCUGAGGAGGAGCUGGAAGAACGAGCAGCUCCUCCGAUUGAGAUUAAAGUGAAUACUGAUACCUCAGAAAGUCAGAACGUUGCAGCAUUGGAUGAAAAGCAACCCACAGUAGCUGAAGCUGACCGGAUAAGUGAUGUGACUUUAUCACCUGGUCACUCUGGUGAGGUGGCUACAGUGAAAUCCGAGCACAAUGAGGCUGAUAGCUCGAAAGCAAUGCAGUUGGAGUUGCAGCAGCCGGAGGCAGCUCUGACCUCUAGCCUGAACAUUCCUACGCUUGCACAAAGCUUACCCACAGCAGAUAAUCAGGAGGCUACUGCAGAGACCUCCAGAAAAGGAGUCAUUAAUACACCGACUGAGAUGAAACUGAAACCCCCUUUGUCUGAUUGUCAAGGUGAAAAACCUCAUCAACAAACAGAGGGCCCUGAGCACAACAGAACGCCAGAGAAGAGCCAUAACCCAUUGGAUGGGGUUCAGCAGUGUGAGCUGGGCAAUAGCUCAGUUUUAAACAGUCCAUCAGCACAUGAAAGACAGGAGGAGCGAUCUCAAGCACCCAAUAUUGAAAGCAGUUCUAGAAUUCAAGGGGAGCCUCUGCUUUCAGAACCUUUGCAGGAAACAGUCCCAGCUCUCAAUGGGAAUGAAGACAGCCCAGAAAUCCCAGAGGGUCCAGUGUUUGAAUCAAGCGAGUCUCCCUCGGAGCUGGAUGCAUUGCAUGUGGCAGAAUGUGGUUCCAGUGACACAAAAUCAAUGCCAGGACUCAAAUCUAAAUCUGCCCCUUCAACAAAUGCUUCCAGUCUUUUCAGUGAUGAUGAUGAUGAUGACGAGGAGGGCUUGUUCAAAGCAUUGACUCCGAAAUUAGGAAAGGUAACCAAGAAGGAGGAGGAAGAGGAUGAAGAUGAAGUGAGUAUGAAGGGUCGCCCACCACCAGCACCCCUGUUUGGAGAUGAGGAUGAGGAAGAUGAUUUUGAUUGGCUUGGAUAAAGUCACUUCUAAGAUUGGGUGUAAUUACUGUGGAGAUGGAGCUGAUUGCCUAAGGAACCAGAAAGUAUCCUGCCUGAAAGACCUGUCUGAAAACGCAGUGCUUAUUCCCUGUGGAACUUCUUAUUCCGAAAUUCUCUCUGAUUGUAACUUACUGGGCACAGCCUUCUGGUGUGAGGUUGUCUGGAGUCCGAACAGAAGGAAAUUGCGGAUGAAAUUGCACUGAAUCUGAACCACACGGUGGUAUUGUUCCUGAACACGAUAUGGCUCUGUUACAAUCAGAUUUCCUUUUUAAUUCCUGCUGAAUUUUGUUAAAUUUUUACGGCUUAAACAGCCAAGGACAGCCGAACCCAGCACAAAGCAAAUAGUGACUGCUUAAUAAUUCUGUUAUUGUGACUGCCACCGUUUGGAUAUAAAUCUCUCUUCAUUACGUUCUGUCAUCUGUGAGUGAUGCUCAUACAGGGAAUAAGACAUUCUUCUUGUUCUGUGUGUUGGGUACAGCAUUGGUUUGGUCCAAAAUAAAGUAUCUCUGUGCCUUAACCUCUAAUCACUUGGUGCCCAACAUAUCCAUUUCCACCACUGUUUCUUGAUGCAGCCUGUGUGGGCAGAACUCACUGUCUUCAGCUGUCAAUGCCUGAACUGGAAUUUUCUCCAAACCUCUUAACCUCUUUACCUGUUAUCUCUAACUCCAGGAUGCUCCUGAAAACAUUCCUCUUUGCCCAGACUUUGGGUCAUACAGUUUAAUUUAUCUUAAUGUCAAAUUUUGAUGGGCUUGUGAAGCUUAAAUGUCCGUUUUGUUUGGAUCCAUUUAUAAUUGUUGUGGAGACUUUGAGUGGAGGGAUUUGAAUGCCUAGUGCCCAACUUAAAGGAAUUAUGCAACAAGAUUUCAACUUUAGAACAUCACUGUAACAAACUAAAAGCAACAUUGACUAAGCAUUACCUAAUAGGCAGUUAGUGCCAAGUUAUUUUUUAAAAAAUAUUAUUUUUGUCUUACCAUGACCAAUAACCUCAUGCCACAUAUUAAAUAGCAUACUGGUGUACUUUAUCGUAUGGUUUCCAUAGGCCUUCAGCUAUUAGAGAAAACAGACCCAUUUCACACUCUGCUUCUAAUGGAUUUACAUCUCUCCAUUUUGCUGAAUCAAAGUAUUUCAUGGCCAUUGUCCCUUGGUCUUUGAAUUCCCAAACCAACCCACUCUGGUGCCAGCUUUGCCAGGGCAAAUCCUGUAGAGUCUUUACAGUGCUAUGGAAUGCAUCCCACUGAUUGGAAACUCCUCUCUCUCUUGCCUAGUCAUUCAGAGGAUCAGCAGCUGCUGCCUUUCUUUUGGGCGAUCUCUCUCUCCCUCCAUGAACAUCCCACCCCUCUUCCUGUCAAAAUGACCUAGAUAACGAGACUGUACCAUUAGGGUGGCACGGUGGCUCAGUGGUUAGCACUGUUGCCUCACAGUACCAGUGUCCUGGGUUCGAUUCCAGCCUUGGGCCACUGCCAUUGUAGGGUUUGCACAUUCUUCCCGUGUUUGCAUGGAUUUCCUCCAUGCACUUCGGUUUCCUCCUACAGUCCAAAGAUGUGCAGAUUAGGUGCACUGGCCAUGCUAAAUUGCCCAUAGUGUCCAGGGAUGUGCAGGCUAGGUGGGUUAGCCAUGGGAAAUGCAGGGUUACAGGGAUUGGGGAGGGGCUGUAAGUCUGAUGGGAUGCUAUUCGGAGGGGCAGUGUGGACUUGAUGGGCUGAAUGGCCUGCUUCUACAGGUUAGGGUUUCUGAUUCUAUGAUUCUAUAGCUGAAUUUGCCAAUUAAACAGAGAGAGAUAGGUAGUAAAGUAAGUCAGUCAUGAGGAAGCUGAGUCUGCAAAGAAAUGUAGAUAGGCUAGGUGAGUGGAUCAAAACUUUGGCAGAUUGAGUGUAAUGUGGGAAUCUGAACCUGUCUCCUUUGGCAGGAAGAAUAUAAAAGCAAUAUACUAUUUAAAUAGAGAGACUGUUGAUAUUACAAGGAUCUGGGUGUCAUGGUACAUGAUUCACAAAAGGUUAGUAUGGGAGGACAACACAUGAUUUAGGAAGACAAAGUAUAUGUUGCUGUUUGCUGCAAGGGGAAUGGAAUGUCAAAGUAUAAGGCGUUGGAGUACUGUGUACAGUUUUAGCCUCCAUGUUUGAAAAAAGUAGAUAAUUACCUUGCAUUAGAAGCAGUUCAGCUAAGGUUCACUUUCUCAUUCCAUGGACAUCUUGAGGUUGAACGGGUUGAGUCUUAUACUGGGAGUUGAGAAGAAUGGGAGGUGAUCUUACUGAACCAUAAUAUCGUGAGGAAGCUUGGGAGGAUGUUUCCUCUCAUCGAAGGACCAGAGUAAGAGAUGUAAUAAGUAGCCUUUUUAAAAUUUGAGAAAAGGAGAAAUGUUUUCGGAGGGUCAUUUAGUCUGCAGAAUUCUUUUCCCCAAAGAGCAGUCGAGGCUGCGUAUUUGAAUAUCUCCCCUUUGAAAGGUCUUCCGUUUUCUCAUUUACUGUUUCACCUGCAAAUCUUUGAUUUCAACCUGGCCAUAUAUCCUACACUUGGUAUUCUUCCAGUUGAGCAUUUUUUAUGUUUGCUGUUUGUCCUUUUCCAUUUUAAGGCUUUAAACCUUGAUGUCACAGGCAUUGUUGCUGAGGCCUCAGCUAUUUACACUUUGUCUCUUUUUUAACAUCAUUAAUACGAAGAAAUGCAACUAUAUAAUGCAUCAUAAUUGCUCAUGAUACUUUUUACCUAGUUUUGGAAGUUGUGGUCUGCAAAGACUGGUUGUGAGUUGGCAACUGGAGUAUGAUAUGGGGGAAUUAUGCAUUUUUGGUUGUAAGAGUGGAAUUGCUAGAUAUUGUCUAACAGGUGUGAAACUUAUCACUGAUGAUAGAGGAAACAUGCAGAUGCAGCAAGCAAUUUAGAGAGCAAAUGGCAGAUUGAGCUUUGGACCAUAGGAAUGAAGUAGUCUUGCUACAAUUGUUUAGGGAAGACCAAAACUGGAAUACUGUGUGCAUUUUCAGUUUCCACAUUUAUGAAAGGAUAUAUUUUCGUUGGAGAACGUACAGUAAAUGUUUGUUAAAAUGGCCCUUUGGAGAGAUGGUUAUCCUGCAGCAAGAUGUUAAGUAAAUUGGGCUUUUCAUCUGGAGUUUUGAAGGAUGAGAGGUGAUCUUAUUUGCACAUUCAAGAUUUACAAAGGGUUUGAGAAGGUAGAUGCUGAGAGAUUACUUCAUCUGGUCAUGGAAAUCCAAAACAUGGGGGUACACUUCAAGGGAGUGAGUUGAGAAAUUAUUUAACUCAAAGAGUUGUGAAUCUUUGUAAUUUUCUACCACAGAGGAUUAUGAAUGCUUAUCUUUAAGUAUAUUUAAGGCUGAUAAAGGGGUCUCAGGGAAUUGAAGGAUAUUGGGAGAAGGCAGGAGAGGGUGGAGUCGAGGCCCAAAGUCAGCCACUGUCACACUGAAUGGCAGAGCAUGCUUAAUGGGUCAUGUGGUCUACUCCUGUAGUAUUUCUUGUAUUCCAGGAAAAAUGUAAAGAAAAUAUGACAGGUGAACUGCAUGACUAUGAAUAAAUACAUUUGAUUGUGA